AUGAUUAAAAAAAUCUCCCUUCUGGCAUGCAUUCUAGCAGUGACUUUUGGUGAGGUGAUCGAGGGAUCUGGGCUGGUUGAGGGAUCUGGAGAGACGCUCAAAGUGCUCAAAACAACACAUUUCAUUGAAGGAAGCGGUGCAGAUCUCCCAUUGUUGACUGAGGGAUCGGGAGAGAUUAUGGGAAAUUCGAUCAUUGAGCCAACAACCACACAAGAGACUUUAAGCAGUCAGGAGAUUGAGAUACUUAAAGACAUCCGUAUUUCGGAGCUGGCCACCGUGGCGCCAAAUGCUACGCUUGAGUCAAUCGACGAGGAGCCACUCUCGCAUAAUAUUAUCGAGAAAUGGGAGAGCAAGAUUGAGAACGAGAUGAAGCCUGGAAAUAGUUGGCAGCGCCUGGAGGAGUUGCUCUCGGAGGUCAUCUCGACUGAGCUUUCCAAAGAAAUCGACGAGAUCGAGGCCACUACAAAAAUUUCAACAAUUUCAACGACAAAAACAGCGAAAUUAUGUGAAAAAUCAGCGAUUUGUCGAAAAGAUAAUGAUUGCGGGAUGAAGGGCAAAUGCAUGGGAGCGUUGGUCGGAAAAUGCAAUUGUAACUCGUGUUUUCAAGCGAAAAUUUGUUCAAAUGAUAAAGAAUGCGGUGGGCUGCAGGGCGCGUGCAGAGGAGGCAAAUGCGCGUGUGCACAGGUUUUCUCCGAGCAUGGCCUCAGCCUCUACAUCGACGUUUUGUUGCGUUUUUGCAAUGUAAAGUCAUGCAAUUCGUCCGACGAUUGUUUAGGCCUUUCGUGCAAUCCCGGGAAAUGUGAUUGCGCU